AUGAACCACGCAACGAGGCGCGCCGUGAGGCAGCUUCUCAGAAAACAUCCCAACCAGACCCUUUGCCUCAAAUCGCAACGAUGGUCCUCAACUACAUCCACAUCUUCCACAUCUACCUCUGAAACAAGAAAAUGGUCGACACCACUAGCGCAAACUCUUGCUAAUGCGAUCAAAGUAACCGGACCCGUUCCUAUCGCCGCCUUUAUGCGCCAGGUCCUCACAAACCCCGAAGGAGGCUACUACACGACGCGACCAGAAGGCCACGGCGAAGUAUUCGGCAAGAAAGGUGAUUUCGUCACCUCUCCCGAGAUAUCGCAGGUCUUCGGAGAACUGGUGGGGAUCUGGACAAUUGCGGAAUGGAUGGCGCAGGGACGGAAGCGCAGCGGAGUGCAAUUGAUGGAGGUUGGACCGGGGAAGGGCACAUUGAUGGAUGAUAUGUUGCGUACAUUCCGGAACUUCAAGAUGUUCUCGUCGAGUAUAGAGGCGAUAUAUCUGGUGGAAGCUAGUGCCACGCUACGGGAAGUGCAGAAGAAAUUGCUGUGCGGGGAUGCAGUCAUGGAGGAGACGGAUAUCGGACACAAGAGUACAUGCAAAUACUUCGAUGUUCCGAUCGUUUGGGUGGAGGACAUCCGACUGUUGCCGCAUGAAGAAGAAAAGACCCCCUUCAUAUUCGCCCACGAGUUUUUCGACGCCCUGCCCAUUCACGCCUUUGAAUCCAUCCCUCCCUCUCCAGAGAACCAGCCUGAGCAGAAGGAAAUCAUGACUCCCACCGGCCCAGCAAAACUACACCAGCCCUUGAAGCCAGCCAACACUCCCCAAUGGCGCGAACUCCUGGUCACCUUAAACCCGAAGGCCGUGGAGGAGAACAUUGAAGGCGAGCCCGAGUUCAAGCUCACCCUCGCCAAGGCAUCGACGCCCUCCUCUCUCGUAAUCCCGGAGAUCUCCCCGCGCUACCGCGCCCUCAAAUCCCAGCCGGGAUCCACCAUCGAAGUCAGCCCGGAGAGUCGUAUCUACGCAGCUGACUUUGCGCGCCGCAUCGGCGGUGCCUCAGAACCGCCCCGCACGGCCACAAAGGGCACUGCUGCUUCUGCGCCGGCCCCCGCGAAGCGCACAUCCUCCGGUGCUGCCCUGAUCAUGGACUACGGCACUCUCAAUACUAUCCCGAUCAACUCCCUGCGGGGUAUCCAGGAGCACAAGAAUGUGCCGCCGCUCUCUUCACCGGGACAGGUGGAUGUCAGUGCUGAUGUGGAUUUCACGGCGUUGGCGGAGGCGGCGAUCGAGGCUAGUGAGGGUGUGGAGGUGCAUGGGCCGGUCGAGCAGGGUGAUUUCCUGCAGGCGAUGGGCAUCGAAGAGCGCAUGCAGCAGCUUCUGAAGAAGGUCGAUGAUGAAGAGAAGCGCAAGACACUGGAGACAGGAUGGAAGAGACUGGUUGAGAAGGGCGGUGGCAGUAUGGGCAAGAUCUACAAGGUGAUGGCCAUCGUUCCGGAGAAUGAUGGCAAGCGUCGACCGAUUGGAUUCGGCGGUGGACUUGUGAUGUAG